AUGAAAUCCAUUUUGCUAAUUUCACUCCUUGUUGUCGAUGUGUUCUCGCUCAACAGAACCUCGACUUUCGACCAGUCUGAAAGUGGCGUAAUCGGGAAUGAAACAGUCGUGGAUUUUAACGAAGUAAGGAAGACUAUUGAUAGGAAAAAACAGAAACUACCCUCGUUUAUUUACCGAGCUAUCGAAAAUGCCGCUGCGCGUUGGGCCGCCCGCGUUGUUGGAAAAGGUAUAGAGACUGUUGCAAACGCUAUCACGAAAGGAUGA